GCUGAACCCACUUCCGCAUUCAACAGUUAGUCGUGCACUUCGCACAAUUCUCGUUUUCCAUUUACUACAGGGGGAAUGAUAUCCUGCAAUGGCACACAAAAGGCUUACUGCAGAACAUGAGUCCAAUGCGACGAACACAGCAGACGACGAACACCGAGAAGUCUCGUCUGCUCUCCCCGCGAAGAAACGAGAACACAAACCGAUCAGGACCAAGUUCGGGUCGACCGGCAGUCCUAAAGAUGUACAGUUUACUGAUCCAGUUGUCGGUAUCAUUAUGGCGCUGUCAUUGCCGGCAGCGUUACUUAUAUUCUGGUAUUUUACACUGCCCUGUAUGUGGUGGGUAUUCAAGUCGAUAGUUGGCGCGGAAUUUAUUCGAAACAUGGCUUAUCUGAAAGAAGACAUUACAUCAGCUCUGACGUCACCGUGUGCAAUGUGGAUACCAGCAGAUGAAAGGGAUUAUCUAUUAAACCAUUCUGAUGAACAGAUCAAGAGAUUAUCCAAUAUAUCAAAAGAAGAAUUUGCAGAAUAUGUGAAAAGAGGGGAACCAAUCAUUGUUACUGAUGCUUUAAGAGAUUGGGAAGCUUAUGGGAAAUUUAACUGUACAUACCUUAUAAAGAAGUACCCAGAUGUGGAGUAUUUUGAUUGGCAGGGAGGACGCCGACUUCCGUUGCGGUAUAUUACUGAACGAUGGGAUGAAUCUGAAUGGCAAUGCAUCAGUGGAUAUAUAGAUAUGUCACUGGAAGUUAAUGAAAAAUACAUACACGACUGGGUUCAACAGAUGCCACCUCCAUAUUUCUUAUCACAUGACAUCUAUACUGAUGGCGGAUUGGCUUUAAAAAAGGUAGCAUUGACCGGUUUCCUGGGUACCCCUGGUACUGGCGUUUCCCCGCAUUUAGACGAAACUUGUGAUACUUUUAUGACAGUACAGCUAUCUGGUGUGAAGAACUGGAGUGUAUCUUGGCCAGUAAAGGUUGGAGAUGAACUGAAGUGGGACAAACCCCGACUUGUAACGCUGUAUCCUGGGGAGGCUAUGUUUUGGUAUGUCAGUAUGCGCCAUCAUACAGAGGUAGUUGAUGGAUGUUCACUCAGCUUUUCAUAUCAGUUUAACACUCCGCCCACUCUCUAUUUUAAGAAUUUGUUGGAGACUCUAAAUUCUGUGCCAAGGAAAGAACGGGAUAGACUCUAUGCCAGUACGCAUGCUUCACGACUUGACUUUGUUGAUGUUUGCAGUAUAGUUACAAACAAUGGCAAUGAAGAUGGUAUCCAUCUACAUCAAGGUGGUGCAAGUAUUCUUGCAUUAAAUUAUAUCAGCAAACUGAAAUCUGUUUCCAUAAAAAGAAUUGAUUAUUCAAGACAUCACAACAGACGUGUAAAAGUAAAGCCUCAACAGAAUACUGCCAGAUCUUACUACAGACAACCAAGAGGAUUCAACAAAAGGAAUAGCCAAUCAUACUACAACAAAUAUGAUAAUUUUGAUUUCGGCUACAAUGCCAAAAUGUGGAAUAAUACCACAAGUUGGCGAGAUCAGCAGUACAUGCUGCCACAGCACCAUCAGCAAUACCCAAAUAAUUAUCAACAACAAGGGUAUCAACAACACAUGUAUUCACCACAGCAAAACAGACAACAGUACCAGCAGCAUUCACAAGGAAGGGGAAAUUUCAAUGGUUAA